AUGAGGAGCAGCAGCUGGUCUCAGGUCAGCUGGUCUCAGGUCAGCUGGUCUCAGAUGAUCUUCACACUCACUUCCUCCUUCAUCUUCGUCUCCAUCAUGAACAGUCGUGGUCUGAUCGACUGGCUGAAGUUGAGCUCUAAGGAGCUCUCAGCUCUGCAGCUGUCCCAUGACGAGGUGAACGACGUCGCCGGCUCUCAGCUCCUCACUGUGAUUGGACAAAGCCAGAGUGAAGAAGAGGAGCGAUUAGCUGCUGUAGAUCGGUGCUGUGAGUCUAAGGCCCGUUGUGCUCUCGGUCUCACCAGGUGUGUGUUUGUUGUGAUGCGAGGAGCAGCAUUACUAUGGGAGACGCACAGCCACAGGUUAGAGAGGAGACGAGAAGAACUAGAACAACACCUGGACGACCUCAGACAGUCUCAGCAGAAACACACACAGAGCAUGAAAGUGCGUCUGGACCACCUGUUGUGUGGACUCCGUCAGGGGAGCAGUGAGGAGGCUCUGAAGACGUCUCUGGACGAAACCGUCCACUACCUGCAGGAUGUCAAACACAGCUGCACACAGUGUGUCUCUGAUCAGUCGGAGGUGUUGGAUCAUCUCCCAUUUCUCCUCCUGGAGGAGCUCCUCUCCUACAGCAGCAGCCUCACCUCCUUCUACCACCUGGACCACACCUACAGACCGAGUCCAGAAGAACUGGAGAACCUCCUCCCAUCAUCCACCAAACCGGAACACAGUGAGGAAGCUGAACUACAGAAACCAGACAAGAUGAUGCAGGAGGAGGAGUCAGGCCCUGCCCAGCCCUCUCCUGAUUGGUUGGCUGAGGCGGAUUCCUGUCUGCUGGAUCUCAGCGACAUCAGCAGUGAUGUCACGUUUACAUCAUCCAGGGGUGUAACCUAUAGUGGCCCUGCCUUCAGAUGCCCUGCCCCAGACCUGCAGCUAGAAACACACCUGAGCCUGUUUCCAGUGGAGCUGCUCACACACACACUGAGCAGGACGAGGAGUUUGUUCUUCGAUCAUUUUGAGAAACAUUUUCACGACGUCUUCAACUCAGCCGUUACCACGGUGACGGACAGGAAGGAGGCGGCAAAAUCAGACCAAGAACUACAACUGAAGGAGCUGAACUACAAAAACAUCCAGACACACGUAUACCAACAACGCCUGGCUGAGCUGCAGCUCCACAGACAGCAGGUGGACCUUCACUGUGAGGAGGUCUCUGAGGUGUUGACCUCCUGCCGGGUGGAUCUACAGGAUGUGCAGACCUCCAUCAGCAGGAGGAACCAGGAGUUCAGCGUCUGUCUGUCCAUUAUGGAGGACGUUUUGACAGCUAACAGCAGCCGACGGCUGAAGGCUCUGAGCUCCACCCUGCAGGACCGUCUGGAUCAGCAUAUCAAAGACACCCAGCACUGUCAGACCGCCUUCAGACAGACAGUCCACCACAGACUGGACCAGCUCAGAACCAGAACCACGAGGCUCCUCAACUCCUUCAGGUUGUUCAGUGAAGGAGGUGACGUUGCUCCCCCGGAGCUGAGGUUGUUCCAGAAGAGGCUGAAGGAGGAAACCAGACAGAUCAGUGUGACGGAAGAGUCCAUCUACUCUGAGCUGGAGGGGUCUGAGUCACAGAGUCUACAGCAGCUGAAGGAGGCGUUGGCUCCUCUAGAGGAGAAACUCUGCUUCCUGAAGUCUGAGGUGGACUUCAUGGAGAACAUCCUGGAGAUCAUGAGCAGCACACAAGUUCACAUCAAGGCUGAAACAAACAGCAGUAAACAGCAGCAGGUCGUCAUCAGCAGCAUGUUGGAGGAUCUGAGGAGGAUGAUGGAGAACACACAGGUGCCUCCUGAUCAGGUGUGUUCUCUCCUGUCAUCAGUCAAUGAAGAACUCAGGAAGUGCUGCCAGUACCUGGACUUUUCAUUGGGCACCACCCUCUCAGUUCCUCCUAAAUCCAGGAAGCAGGUCCGGUCCGCCCCACCUCCUGGUUUACUGCAGACAAGGAGGACAGGUGUGGACCUCCUGGAUGACCCUGUUGUGGGCGUCAUCAAGUCCCUGAACAGGUUCAGUCUGAUCCAGGAUGACAGAAGACCAGCUGCUGGUGUGUCUGUGUUGCAGCUCCUUCAGCUCCACCCUGAACUCUGUGUUGUGGAGAACCAAUGACGUCAUCCUGCAGGUUGCUGAGGACUUCUACCAGCAUUGUGGUCUCAGCAGGUUCCUCCUGCUUCCCGACAGUUUGGACCAAUGGGCUGAGAGCAUGCAGCAAAGGCUGCUGGGAUACCAGGAACAAACCAGAACGUUUCUGUGCACCAGCAGAGAGGAGUUGGAGACACAGCGGUCUCUGACGGAGAGUCUGCUGCUUUCAUUACCUGAAGUUUUGAUUAGUAACCAUGAGCAACGACAUGGGGAGGAGCUUAUUGAGGAGAUGGGCAGAGUUCGAGUGAAGCUGGAGGAGACGCUGGCAGCCAGCGAGGAGGACAAGAUGUCCACAACAUUCACAACAUCGUGUGAACAUCCAUCAGCUGCGAGUGUCUCUCAGAGACGACGAUCUUCAGAAUGUGAACAUCAGAGAGGAGCUCAGACAGCAGCAGCUGCAAAGCUCCAUCUGCUCUUUACACCUGGAACUACAGGUGUGUGUGAGAGUCAGAGGGGAGGAGUUUGUGACAUCACUGUCCCGUCUGACAGAGCAGCUGUUCUCUCAGCUGGAGGAGCUGCUCACAUUUGAAGAAACAGAGGCAGAGCAGCACUCUGACAUCAACACCGUCACCACAGAGACGGAGGCUGAAACAGGAAACAGCAGGCAACACCUGAUCUCUGACCUGUUACUGACCUGGUCUGGUAUCCCGUACCUGUCCCCCACCAACAGUAACGAUGACCCAUCAUCCAGUUUUACUACGCCAACAACAGCAUCCAUCACCACAACCAGGUGCACCCUGGGACAUCAGGCUGUCAUUGAGCAGAGAGACGCUGCUGUGAAGAGGUUCGAGCAGCUGUUCAGGUCGGAGUCGUCACGUUCAGACGACGACCAACGAGGAAGACUGAGUGAACUACAGAACUGGAACACACACUGGAGACAGCAGAUACACACUCUGAAACACACACACACACACGUAGGCUGAAGUGUGAUACCAGCAGCUGAUUGGCUGUUUGCUGUGCAACCUGUGUUGAUGUCUGUUAAUAAACCACAGAAGAAGAA